CUUCCUUUCUGACGUCUCACGUCGUCGGUGACGCUACGUCAGAUGACAUGUUUGUAACGGGAAGUACUUGUGAAAUGUGUUGGCAAUGAAAAACAAGGCUACACAAGACGAUUAUGACAAUGCCAUAAUGCCUUGUGCGACAUAAUCUGAGCAAGGUUAAGUUCGAUGGUGUGUUGCUCAGAAAUACUUCUAAUGGACACUGGAGUCGUCUGCGUAGGUGACUAGGCGAAAUGGUUUCCAUUGUAUAUUUGCCUAUUUUCUUAGCUUUAGCAACAGGAUGGCUCUAUUUGGUAACACUUCUUGCUCCAAGCACUGGAGGUGGACCUAACAGUAUGAGCUUAAAGUUCCCUAGCAGUUAUGAGGAACUCAAAGGAUUGGCAGAACUACUAAGCACCUACAACAACAAGCAUGCCCUUUAUGUCUUGGUGCUAUUCACUUCAGCAUAUCUCUACAAGCAAACAUUUGCUAUUCCAGGUUCUGUUUUCCUGAAUGUCCUUUCUGGGGCAUUAUUUGGCAUUUGGAGAGGCUUCUUCUUGACCUGCACAUUGUCAGCACUGGGUGCCUCACUGUGCUACAUGCUCUCCAAGAUCUGCGGGCGGCAUCACUUAGAAUACUAUUUUCCAGACAGGAUCCAGUUUCUUCAGAAAAAGGUUCAGGAGAACAAACAUCAUCUUCUUUUUUGGCUGCUGUUCUUGCGCUUAUUCCCAAUGACACCUAACUGGUUUCUCAACAUUGCAUCACCAAUCAUAGAUGUACCACUGCACCUUUUCUUCAUCUCAGUGUUCAUUGGUCUCAUGCCGUACAACUUCAUCUGUGUCCAAACAGGAUCCAUACUUUCAGAAGUAAAAUCCAUGAAUGAUGUUCUUUCAUGGCACACUAUGGGGAAACUGGUUAUGGCAGCAGCUGUUGCAUUGCUACCCAGUCUGCUUAUCAAGAAGAAGAACUUGACUGUUGAUUAGGGCUACAUGCAUCUAAGAGCAGUUGUUUUGUUAAAAUGGCAUGAAGGUUUGGGCAGUUCAGCUAUCACAAGUUCAGGACAUUGUCAUAUACCGAAGAGUAUCAAGGAAAAUAUUAUUGGAAUCAUGUAUUGUUUUAAUUGUAUGCAUAAGUUAAUUGAAUGCUUAGUGCAAUGUAUGUUCCAUACUGACCCACAAAUGUAACGCUUCCCCUCAGCUCUAUACUCAAAUUCAAAUUUAUUUGUGUUAUGUAUCUACAUACACAGAUAUACAGGGUGUUCCACCUAACAUGAAGAAAAAUCCGUAUUUAAAAAUCCACUUGUGUGAACACUAUAGGAUCUAGUAUUUAUCUCUGGGCAGAUUUUGCAAUGACUCCUGAACUCUUUUAUUAAAUUUAAUUUGCCGGAAAUUUUACCUAUUCAACUCCAAAAUUGCAAAGUCAAUGUCAAUUUUUUUUUUUUUUAUGGAAGCAAAGCGCAUGCCCGAUUUACUCCAUUAUAUUAUACGUUCACUAAUAUGAUGGUAAUAGCCACAAAAAAAAAACAAAAAAAAACGAAAACAGUCGUUUGGAGACGCACAAAUUGCCGGCCGUGCUCAGAUCUCCGAAAGAAGCGAUGCGAGGAGGCCAUGUACCUGUCCGUUCACUUUUUCUUAUCCAAGCUUUUGCUGACAACAGCAGCAUGGUUGCAAUGCAAAAUUGUCUGAAAGAAGAGCGAAAAGGAAACAGGAAGGGGCGGGUACCGUCUUUCUUCUGCCGCACCUUGCAUUAAUUUGACGGAAAACUGAGCUGCGUUGACAAUUUUCAUGCCUGGAAACGAUGUUUUUCGCAUAAUUUUUUUCAGCUAUUACCAAAGCAGGAGGGAAUGUAUUUUACAAUGCUGAGGGGUAAAUCCAAUGUGGGCUUUCUGUUUCUGUCAAAAAAUGUGAGGUUGAUUUGGCAAAUUUCUGAGAUCAGUUGGGAAAAUUCAGUUUCACAUAAAUUCACACAAAUUAAAUUUCACAAAACCACUCAGAAGUAAUGGCAAAAUCUCCCCCAAGAUAAAUAACGUUGACCCCAUAGUGUUCAGAAAAAUAGAUUUUCUAAUACGAUUUCUUUUUUUCUUUUUUUUUCACGUUAGGUGAAACACCCAGUAUAUACAUGUGAAGGAGCCGGUGGGAAUAAGUUCCCAGUUAAAGGAGCAAUGAGGUGACAUUUAACUAGUGUUUUACGUAUCGCCGUUACAGUAAUCGAUACUUUUUCGGUAUCUGAGUGCGUAUCGCGAUACUUCCUUAAGUCUGUAUCGGAAAAGUAUUUCAGUUACAAAUUUAUGGUAACGCAUCGUUACCGAUACCAAUACAUUUAGUGCCCCACCCUUUCUUCACCGACCAUAUUUCUUACUCUUAUUCAUUGUCAAUGGUCCGUCUAGCCUUCGACAAGAGGCUUGUGGACACGCCUACGUGCUCCGUAACCGGAAUUAUGGAAUUAUACCAAACACAUGUUCACCGUUUUUCUUUGAAACUGAAGGAAGUAACCACGCUGUGUUCAACAAAAGAGUUGAGGUCAACGAACAGAUGUCAAGAUCUUGACAGUGCGCUCUGGAUUCCACUGCUAAGCUGCCGUGUCGCACUGAGUCACGCUCACAUAUACUGUGGCAUUGUUAACUUCGGAUAGGAUUCCUGGGUCAUUGAACUCCAUGGUAUGUGUGGGCCUGACACUAACGUAAUUGUCACUCUGGCCUCUGUCAGCUGCCGGAGACACCACGGCUUGCAAGGAUGGCAGAAGACGAUUUCAAGAACCAGCUAUUGAUAAAAGUCAAGCAUAACGUUUCCAAGCUACAUAUGAAAUAUGCUGUCUUUUCACUGCAAAACUGUUCAUGUAAGCGAUAUUUCCAUCUUGCGCCAUCUCCCUAUUUCAAACAAAAGUAUCGCCCAAAGUAUCGCGUUACUUUUUUUUUGUAACGGUAGCGGUACUCUGUUUCUUUAAAAAAGAAGUAACGAGUAUUGGUAUCGCGAUACCAUAUUUCGGUAACGGGUACAACACUGCAUUUAACAUCGCUCGAAAUCCACCCUCGUCUGUCAAGCUGCCCACCAGGAGUCGUUGUGCAAAAUAUUUCCUCUCUGUGGUGCAUUAUAGCCGUGCAAUCUAAUUUAUAAAAAAACAAUCGGAGAAAGCAGCCGCGGAUGGCCAACACGAUGCACUCGUGAUGUGGUGAAGGCUCCGUGGCUUGUUUCUUUGUUUUUUCUUCGCAGCUCAUGCGCCACUUUACAUGCUUGAGCUGUGCCGCUGUACGUCAUUGGUCACGUGAGGAGAGUAGCACACGUCCUGACGUCCUCUCGUUCUGCGAUUCGCUGUUUUCACGAGGAGAAGAAUUUUUGAAAGGUGUGCGGGCCAGAGCUCUCACGUCGGUGUGUAGGUCACCAACACUCGUUCUUUCGCAGGAACUCAUUUUAUUCAUUAGCGAACACUCUGCACCAAAAAACAAAAAAAAUGUUUGGGGUAACCUCAGUGCUGUUUUAAGGGCUCCUCUAUAAUGAAUACACAAGGAUAUCAGUGACCAUUAGAUUUAGUAUGAUGUACAGACUCGCUUGUGAUUAGCACUAUUCCUGCCUGUGCCUCUUAAGUAUGAAUGUGUCAAUGCUUUGCAAUAACUUGCAGUACAAAAUAACAUCACCCUGCGGUAGUGCAGUGCUUUAUAUCUAUAAGGCUAUAACUAUGGUAUAAGCAAAGCAGAGAGAGCCUUCAUGCUCUCUCAGGGGCAAGCUCAAGGCAGCAACUGAAAUCAACACAGAAAACUGCGAUCUUUGGUCCUUCCGCAAACGAGUUAGUAUAUGAGGAAUUUUGUAUGGUAAUUGUCUCAUUCGAACAUUUACCACUCACCUCAAGUACCUGCGUGUGCUAGAAAAUUCAGGAGAUGCUGAACACUCUUGUUGAUAAUAUGCCAUGAGCAGCAAUAUGUUAAACAGUACAAUGUGUUGUCACAUAACAGUUCAGCAGCUCUGUGUUGUGUAUUGCAUAAAAAAUGUGUUUUUACAACGAUACUAAUAGUCUGUGUGGUGAUUGCAGGCUUGUGAUACUUGAUAUAAGUAGCCAAUUAUGUGAUGCCUGCACUGUACUUCAUAAACUGUUCUACAGUACUUGUAUAAGUAAAAUGUUACUACACAGUG